AUGACGUCUCACGACGGCCCCGAGAUUUUACAAAUUUUCGGCAUCCUUCUUUCUACUUUCGUCUUCUUUCGGAAAUCCAGCCCGUAUUGGACGAUGACUUUACCGAAUAUGCCCAGUAACGCCUCAAGCUCUAGAACCCACAAGUCGUGCGAUGCAUGCACGUCGCGCAAAGUUCGAUGUCCAGGCCCAGGUUCAUCUGGAACUUGUACCAACUGCACGAGAAGGAAGAGCGAGUGCGUUUUCGGCGUGAGGAAACUGGCCCGCAGGCCAAACAUUCAAAGACAAUUCUUCCCUACGAGCCGGUCUUCCGGCACGCCUGAUGAGAUACAACAAGGGUGCACCGUAUCGGUUUUAGACUUCGCAACACUGCCAACACCGGCAUCUAAGUCACCGGAUCCGACAAUCUCGGAGAAAUCAUCCACUCCCGAUCCAAAUGCCCGACGGCCCGCCCCGCACCGGAUUCCGGAACUCUACGUGGAUCGAGUGCUCGAUAGAGCUCGUAAAGCUCCGAGAUCAACCAGGCCUUCCGAGGCCUCCAACUAUGUCAAAGGUUAUGGUAUUUUUGGCGGUACGAAGAAUUUGACCUUCUUUUCUGAAGGGAGAUUGAAAUCCCUCGCACAAUGCCUCGGCCAUGAGAAAGUCCACGAUCUGGUCGGGCGAAUUGCAAGCGCUGUUGAGGAACGCGGGAGGUUCGUCAAACUCCGUGCUUGUAGUUUGAAUCGUCGACCUGAGCGCCCGGCCUGCCUUGACGACAAAGCCCUUCUCGCAAAGUAUGUCAAAUUAUAUUUUGAGCAAGUACACCCUCGGUUCCCGUUCCUCGACCGCGAUGCAUUCGAGAGGACUGCUUUUAGUCAGGAUCAGCCUCACUCUGCGCCCAAAAGCAAGUCAUGGAUAUGUCUCUAUCAUUCCGUUCUUGCUCUUGGUUGUCAAUACGACGGUGGUGGAUCUUUCGAGCCUGGGGAAGGUGAUGCAUGGAAGUUCUUCUCAAUCGCUCUAGCCAACUUUGCCGAUUUGAUCAUGCUACCAGACACUCUUACAACUUUCCAAGCUGUAGUAGCAAUGAUGAUAUACUCGCUUGGUAUUGCUGGUAUUGUGCUGGAGCACGUCCUCAUGUCAGAAGCUGCCCGGCGAGCACAGAAUCUCGCCGACGCCAAGUUUGUCGGAGCCGCAGCAGACGCAUUCCGGCGGACUUUUUGGGUGUUUUACUCUUUGGAAAAGAUCAAUAGCUUCCAUCAUGGUAGAUCAUCUGCAAUCAUGGACUGCGAUAUAUCCUGCUCCGUUCCAUCCACACCCGAAUCCUUCUUCUCUGGCGGCUUCGAUUGGUUUUUAUGUUUCGUCAGCCACGCGCGUCUGCUAUCCCGGGCAAACACAUCACUCUUCUCUGUUGGCGUAUCUGACAACCCCGGGGAGUACCACCUAGACAUCAUCGAUCAGCUUCUGGACGAGCUCGAAGAUUGGAGAAGCUCACUGCCGGAUAACGGCUUCAGGCCAGGCGGCUGGGUCAAACCUCACUCAAUCAUUGAAGACCAAGAGCACAUGUCGCCCUACACCCCCAUGUGGAUGAUGGCAACAAUUCCCAUCAUGGCCUUUUUUGUCUUAUUCGAUCUCGUCAUCCAUAAUCCUCGGCAGAUUCAUACAGCAACCAACUUGGCGUUGCUUGACGUGGUAAAGGGCCACUGCAGCCGAAUGGAAAUGAUCUCGAAUGGUGCAAUACCAGGAUCCAUGGUUGGCGAGUUUGCACAGAUCGCUCGAAGUUAUGUGAACGAGGUCAACGGACGGAGUCCAACCGGCCUGACACCACAUGCGCCAUCUGAAGCAUUCCAGGCACUCACUACACAGCCUCAAUGGUCACUGCCCCAGCAACCCAAUUAUGACGUCGCUUCAACGGACAUUCACACGGACUUCUCGACUAUGAACUUGGCCUCUAACUCGACUAUGACGGGACGUAUGGAUAUCGAAGCACCCGCGGUUGUCCCCAGUCCGCUCGUCGGAACUGACGUGAUGAAUCUCUUCGAAGGCUGGCUCCCCGACCUGGAUCCCAUGUUCUUCCACACUAUGAGCGCUCAGAACAACAUGGACCAAUCGACAUCUCAGCAUGACUUCCCGAUUUCCUCGGAUCCGUUGUAUGGACAUCCCUCUUGA